GCCGCCUCAACCUUCGCAACAUCUCCAGAAUACGCCCCUUUUAACCAAUGAUACCACAAAGCUCUCCAUCAUGAAUACUGCUGCCAGGCUCAUCCACCUUACCAACCGUUCAGUGUCUGCUACCCCUCUCUGCCAAUCUCUCCACUGGUUUCUACUCAGUGUCCUCCACCCCUCUCUGCCAAUCCCUCCACUGGCCUCCACUCAGUGUCCUCCACCCCUCUCUGCCAAUCCCUCCACUGGCCUCCACUCAGUGUCCUCCACCCCUCUCUGCCAAUCCCUUCACUGGCCUCCACUCAGUGUCCUCCACCCCUCUCUGCCAAUCCCUCCACUGGCCUCCACUCAGUGUCCUCCACCCCUCUCUGCCAAUCCCUCCACUGGCCUCCACUCAGUGUCCUCCACCCUCCUCUGCUAAUCCCUCCACUGGCUUCCAGUCAGUGUCCUCCACCCCUCUCUGCCAAUCCCUCCACUGGCCUCCACUCAGUGUCCUCACCCCUCUCUGCCAAUCCCUCCACUGACGUCCACUUAGUGUCCUCCACCCCUCU